AUGACGCAAGGCAGAGGUCGAGGUAACACAACCCGUGCAAGCAAGACCUUAAUUAGAGGUCGAGGUAGCACAAGUCGAGUUAAUAUGCCUACUGUUCCCAUUCCCAUAACUAAUUCACAUCAAGGUGGUAUCAAUUCUUCUGCUGGAUCAGAUCAAAAUAACCAAUUUCAAACAUUAGCUCCUACUAGUUCGCCUCCUGUUCAAACAUCAGCUCAUGGUAGUACUCCAUCUGUUAAUUUUGAAACACCUCCUAUAAUAUCUAAUCAGAGCAAUGCAAUAGGAGAAAGUGCAUCUACUCAAACAAAUGUGAUAAGGGAGGCGACUACAUCUAGCCAGAACAACACAAUAAGUGAAGGUGAGAGCCAUACUAAUUCUGGACAGCAGACACUUGUUUUUAUUUCUCAUUCCGGGAUAUGUGAGUCUUUCAAGAGUGAACUUGAUCCUAAUGGAAUUAAUUGGAAAAGGGUCUCACAAGAAAUAAAAGAUUUUUAUCUCGGAGUAUUCAAGAAGCAAUUCUAUUGGGAUCCUUCCAUUGAUAGUGAAGUGAAGAUACUAUGGCGUAAGAAGGCAGCGAGAAGGUACAGUGAUUUUAUUUCUUGCAUAAAAAAAGAAGCAAUUCGGCCAAAAUAUGUUUCGGAAGAAACUUGGGAAAGUUGGAUGAGAUUUUGGAAAGAUCCCAAGGUUAUUGAAAAGUCAAAAAUAAAUUCAAAAAACCGUUGUGGCGGUCAGAAUGUUGUUGCAAAGGGGACUCACACGGGAGGCUCUAUUACUAUUGGAGAGCAUCGCAAGAGACUUGAAAAGUAUCUAGAAAUAUUACAUAAUCAAACACAAACUCAAUCUAAUGUUGAUCAAUUGCAAGCAUAUUAUCAAGCCGCAGGAGGGGAAAAGAAAAGAAGGAUAUAUGGUCUUGGAGCGCAAGAUAAAUCAUUUUAUGGGAUGAAUCUUUGUGCCUCAUCUUCUAGAACUGAUGCUUCAUCCUCAGUACCAUGUACGAAUGCUCAAACAAUAGCAACAAAAAAAUUGGAUGACUUUAUGACACGAUUGAUUCCUUCACUGACAGAUAAAAUGCUUCCUAUACUUUUUGAGCAUGUACGUGGAUUGCUUUCUUCAACCUCAUCUCAGCCAAACACACAUAUGACUCCUGUAACUUCUACUCCAGCUAAUGUUGAUGAUGCUUCUGCAUCAGUUUCGAAUGAAGAUUAA